AUGAAGGAAUCUACGCUGGCUACCGUUACCUGUGACAGCCAUCCCUGCAAAAACAGUGGAACUUGUACAGACGGAGUCAACGGAUAUAACUGUAGCUGUGCACCAGGAUUUCACGGGACACAGUGUGAAAAGAUUGAAGGCCUGUCUUGUUCAACAGCUUACCGGAUUAUUUUUGAACAGCCUACCACCGACAGUUACGUCAUCAAAGCAAAUGCCAUUUCAUCUAAUCUCGCGGAAUUUACUGUGUGUAUUUUUGUUAAGAGGAAGGAUACAAAUUCAAAUUCUUGGCAGUGCCUCUACAGCUACGCAGAAGCCUCUGGUUUUGAUAUUGGAAAUGCCAUAUAUGUCUGUUUGAAUGAACCGAAUAUUGAGAUCAACGUGGAUGAGCGGGGAAACAGGUAACUGAUCAGCAUGAAACAAACCAAAAAAAAGCCUUGAAAGAAUGCUAGCGCUCCGCCGAACUUUCUUUCACUUUUUCCGGGGUGCUUAGCAAUGCACUGAAGCAUUUUCUGAGGUACUGAAAGACGGAAAACUCAGUGCCAUAUCAUGCUAGAACAGCCAACGAUAAUGCUCAGGUUAUGACGGAAAAUGUUGACAAAAAUGUAAUGGCAUUAUCCAAAUCAGGAAAGCAUCAAUGUAAUUUUGUGUUGCGUGUGAGUACAUACUUUGGUAAGAGGUAUCAUGAAGAAAAAAAAAGAGACGAUCAUAAUUUUUCUGGAAAAUCAACCACUUUGCAGCAUAGUAUUCUUCCUCAAUCAGCCUAAUCGAUAAGAGGCCUCAAACACCAACGGUAGAUAUUUUGAAACCCUUUCUUUCGAACCAUGAUGCUAAUAAUCACAAUAACA